AGCGUGCUCCGAUAAUCCCUUCUGGCAGUGCCUUUAGAAAUAAAUAUUCUGCACGGUGAAUGUCCUCUGACUUACCAACGCUGCGUCUGGUGUAUUUCAGACACCUUACCUAGAAAAAUCAAGGAGGAGGCCGCCGGAGGUUUGCAACAAUGGGCCUGACUGCAUCGCACCCGAGGGAAGUAACCGGGACUCUAGGGUCGGUGACCGUCCAUACUCGCUCUGAAUCACCUGAGCAGCACCAGCAGUCACCGCCGUCUGAAUGCCCCAUGCACGGUCUCUGCGACGAGAUCACAGGCCAGUCUGCAAAGGACAAGCCGCAGCAGCAGCCUUACCGUAGCGAGUGCCCAAUGAAUGCAGCAGCCUCCGGCGAAGACAUCAACCCAGCCAACAUGAUGCCAAGCCCAAACCAGCAGCCAGCGGCGGACCAGCCAUUCCCGCUGCCAACUGAGCGACAGCGGUCGCGCAUCCCCAAGGCUGGUGCGGCGGAGGGCGAGACAUGGGAGUACCCGUCGCAGCAGAUGUUCUGGAACGCCAUGCUGCGCAAGGGCUGGAGGUGGCGCGAGGCUGACCUGAAACCCGAGGACAUGGCGCACAUCAUCCGCAUCCACAACGCCAACAACGACCACGCCUGGGAGGAAGUCCUCAAGUGGGAGGCACUUCACGCAAAGGAGUGUUGCACACCCCGACUCAAGAGGUUUGGAGGCAAGGCCACUGACUACUCACCUCGGGCUCGAAUACGUAGCUGGCUUGGGUACGAACUUCCAUUUGACAGGCACGACUGGAUUGUUGACCGAUGUGGCAAAGAAGUCCGCUACGUCAUUGACUACUAUGACGGUGGGCCAGUGAACUCGGAAUCGAGCCGCUUUGCACUCCUUGAUGUUCGACCCGCUUUCGACUCCUUCGAGAAUGUCUGGGACCGCAUGAAGGUUGCGUGGUGGCGAUGGACGAUAGCAAGCAAGCAGGAAUCCGGCUCUGAGAUGGCUGCAAGCCAACGAGAUGCUGCGACUAGCCAAUAGGACUGCCGGUGUAGAAUCUACAGCGAUCUUGCGCAGGCACAUAUGUUGGAGGUAGGCGUGCAUGUAGCUGCGGGUGUGCAGUGAAACUUUUAUUUACUUGAAAUUCACAACAUGUCCUAAUAAGCACACCUGCUUGAAUUAUGCGGUUGAUGUAGACAGGCAUCAAGUAGACCUUAUUGGUUUGUGCUGCAGAGACUAGCAUGUCCAGUAUUCACUAAUGCAUACUAUCUGUGUGCUGGUUUCUGUGCAAAUCAUGAUCCAUGUCAAAAAUUUUCCAUGCCUUUGCUAUAUUGUUUUUACGUCUAGCUGGUCUCUCUGAUUGAAGUGCCCGGAGUCAGCCUUGAAUUGCAAGCUGACUUUGUGAAAAUCACUUUACUGAAUAGUGGAACAGGUGUGGCUGCCACUUAAGAUAAUAAACAGGGCAGGAUAGGAUAGCCAUCUUGACGAAACUUACCGGUGUAAAAUAAUUUGGGUGCAGGCUGGGCUGUGACGCAUCAUGCUUGAAAGGCAAAGGAUUGGUAGGCAAGUGUUGAGACAUACAUAGAAGCAGGCAGGACAUUUGCUCGCCGUUGUGUUGCUCUAGCCUUGAACUGUUCUUCUGACGCUUAGGUUGAAUGUUUAGGCUGUUGAUGGCCAUUCAGCUUAGCGCUUCUUCGCGUACACCUAUUUAGUGCAGCACAUUCUGCGUUGUUCUUCCCAGAAACUUUCACAUUGCAUUUGUGUUGUCUUGUUGGCUGAGGUGUGAUAUGGGAGGUGUCUUGGCGGGACUCGGAGCACAAGUCAUGGCAUGUCAUGUCUGGAACAAGCAUAAGCAGAAGACAGAGACAAACAAGGACAGGGCAUUCCCCGCUGAAAGGACACUUUACAUAGACAGUUGGGCGCAUGUGCAUCGUACAUAUGAAUGCCAUGUUAUGGUCACAACAUUAAUGGCACAAAUGCAGAUUCAGUGGCAUACGAGAAAACUUGAGUAUGACUGAUAGUUUUCACCAUACUUCUUGACAUUAUAUGCUUUCAAGUUCUGUCUUGAUUUAUUUUCCCCCGGUUACACUAUUGCUACCCACAGUUCUACCAUCCCUAAUUUCCGCUCCCACCUGCUGUCACAACCACACGUUACCAAUCGGGCGCUGUCAGUCUCUUAAGUUUUGCGUUCGCUCCCUUACUUGGUCCCUCAUGCAACACGACAACAGGCCACACCGCCAAGCAAUGAUAUGUCACUUUCUGCCUGAUCUGCCUUGUUUGGUGUUAAACCACCAACUUGCCCUACAAUUUUGUGAGAACGUGAGCGACGCCUGUUGCAGCACUCUAAAUGCCUUGCAAUAAUGGGCAGAGAGUAAGGCGCCUGUGCUGAGCAGCAGCUACUAUGUGUUGUGCUGUGAUGCACUUUCGACAUUGGGGCAGUUCAGAAGCAGGUGAAAUUGGCAGCACCAGUGUUGCUGAAAAAGUCCCUGCUAUCUGAAAACAUUGCAUUGCUUCUCAAUUCUUACUAUUCAAAGUUUUCGGCUUGUCUGCCGCUUGUCUAAUCAUGGUUAAUAAAUUGUGUAUUUAUCUCA